GACCACAUACACUCUCUGCGCAUGUGCAGAGGCUGGGGGCCGCCCCAGCCGCCGCCGCCCCCGCCGCAGCUCUAUGGUGGCUCCCUAGAGCUUUGCCGUUGGGGGUAGCUGUUGCGGCCCUGCGACUCAGCCCGCCUCGUGCGGCAGCGAUAUGGAGGAAUUCGACUCUGAAGACUUCUCCACCUCGGAGGAGGACGAGGACUACGUGCCGUCGGGUGGAGAGUAUAGUGAAGACGAUGUAAGUGAACUAGUGAAGGAAGAUGAAGUGGAUGGUGACGAGCAGGCACAGAAAACCAAAGGGAGAAAAAGAAAGGCUCAGAGCAUUCCGGCCAGGAAGAGAAAACAAGGUGGCCUCUCAUUUGAAGAAGAGGAAGAGGAAAAUGCCAAUGAGGAAUCUGGAGGAAGUAGCAGUGAGGAGGAAGAUUCAGCUGCAGAGCAGGAAAAAGGCAUUGGGUCAGAGGAUGCAAGGAAAAAGAAGGAGGAUGAGCUGUGGGCUAGUUUCCUCAACGAUGUAGGACCAAAAUCCAAAGUGCCUCCAAGUACACAUGUUAAAAAAGGAGAGGAGACUGAAGAGACAAGUUCAAGUAAGUUGUUGGUCAAAGCAGAAGAUCUGGAGAAACCUAAAGAAACAGAAAAAGUUAAAAUCACCAAGGUGUUUGAUUUUGCUGGUGAAGAAGUCAGGGUGACUAAGGAAGUGGAUGCUACAUCUAAAGAAGCCAAAUCCUUCUUCAAGCAAAAUGAGAAAGAAAAACCACAGGCUAAUGUCCCUUCAGCUCUGCCAUCACUUGCUGCCGGCUCAGGGUUAAAAAGAUCAGGUGGCAUGAGCAGCCUUUUGGGGAAAAUUGGAGCCAAGAAGCAGAAGAUGAGCACCUUGGAGAAGUCCAAGCUGGACUGGGAGAGCUUCAAGGAGGAAGAGGGCAUUGGUGAAGAACUAGCCAUCCACAAUCGAGGGAAGGAGGGAUGUUUGCAGGUUACAUCCUCUUCCAUGGAGUUUGUGCGAUAUUGGGCAGAUGGCCACGUUCACCUGUGUUUCUCAGGGUACAUUGAACGGAAAGCUUUUCUAGACCGAGUGGAUCACAGGCAGUUUGAAAUCGAGCGAGAUCUCAGGCUGAGCAAAAUGAAACCCUGAUGUGUGGGGAACCUACAGCAGCUUAAUCCUGUUUACACCGUGAGCUUCUUGUGUCUGUGAAAUGUUUCACCUGUGUCUCAUCGACUGUUUCCCCGCAAGGUCUUUUUUUCUAUAUGAAAUUUCUGUCUUUGUAUCUUGAUCUCACAUGGUUUCAUUCAUUCUACCUUUAAUAGUUUGUCCUUGGAAAAAUAAAAAUAAAAAAAUAGAA